AAGAAAUUGGACAUAUUGGACAUUGUCCACGACAAACUAUUGAUGAGAUGAACUUAUAGUAAACGCACAAAUCACAAAGAAAAUCAGCGUAGCAUCUAAAUGUAGUCAUUUAGUCCAUGUAUAAAUGAUAUUAUUGAGCAGUAUGAUCGAAAUGGGUGACCUUUAUAGGUCGCAAUUUUAUGGGUUUCUAUGACACGGGGCGUGAUUUCAAUUAUUGCUUAGAAUGGAGCUUAAGAAUCGAUGUGCGAAAGUUAUCCAAAAGACAUGGUUAUCUUAUCAUAAUAAGCUUGUAUUCAGGACUUUUAAGUUCGCUGUCAAAAUUUUGGUUAGUAAAUAUUUAUGUUUUGUAUCUUUCAGGAAAACUUACCAAAGAAGCAUGUUCUGAGGCUGCUGUUACCAGAUGAUUACCAAACACUAGUCAAAGAUGGCUUAUGUGAUACAGUUAUCCUAUUUAGUUAUCUGCUUCAAAAUUAAUGUGAAGCACACAUCAUGCUCGUUAAUCAAUAUAUCGCCUUUAGAUAACUUUGAUAAUGCUGAGAGUGUGACCAAAUGUCUAGUAAAAUCACUGGGUAGAAGGAAAUACUUGGACCUUUUGUUCGGAGAUUCCUGUAUCUACUUUCAGCCGCAUUUUAUGAAAGAGACUUGUCUUUCAGACAUCGCUUCAUCCAUCAAGCGUUUCACUGAAGAACUCCCCGCUACCUUUGGUGGAUAUCAAAAUAAAUGGCGCCAUCUAGAUGGAAAAGUUAUCGAAAGGUUGGAUUAUCUCUCUGACUUAUUUGAUACACCAUCUCUAAGCUGCAAACCGAAUAUGAAACGCCAUGUCAACUUACUAACUACAGCAAUACAACCUGAGAUAUUAGGACCAGUUUCACGGUCAAAGUUAAUCCAGCUGAAAAGGAAGUCAUUGCAGCAUGAACAGCCUUGUUACAAACAUCGGCAGCAACAUCGUCAAAAGGGAAGUAUCUCGAAACAAACAAAACGUUUAACAUAUCAUAGUGAAAAACUAAACGAUUCUAGUAAUCCGCUUGGAAGACAAAUAAGUUUGGCUGGAAAUCAAUAUUUGGAUGAAAAUUCGGAUAGAUAUGAAGAAGCAGAAGAAUUAUAUAAAUGGAGUCAAUGCCUUCCUCAAUUGUAGCUUUCAGUUUUAGUAAUUAUUAUUAACAUUUUUUUUUGAAUAACUGUAAUGACUAAUAUGAAUGAAUAUUAUGGAAUUAAAUUAUAAAACUACACUUACAAUGUUUCGAAAUUUUCAAUAAAUUUAUUGCAGGUGCACUCAUAUGCCUAUUUGCAUGAUAUCUGAAUUAGUGCUGCUCAUACAUGAAAUGGGUUU